AUGGAGUCAAACAGGAAAGUAUUAAAUUCAAUUGUUAAGACCGUUUUGCUAUGUGGGAGACAGAACAUGGCCCUAAGAGAUGACCAUGACGAUGCAAAACACUUAAAAGCUAACAAAAAUACUGGUAACUUCCAGGCACUGGACUUUAGGGUAGAAUGUGGAGAUUCUGUGCUUAAGGAACACUUUAAAACUACCCCACGAAACAUGGUGGGGAAAGGUGUGGGACCACGGAUCCAGUACGAGUAUCCGAAGGCACUGUCAUUCUGGUGUUCAUCACAUCUUCUUAACUUAUGCAUCGUGGCUGCCUGUGACGUUAAAGAAGUGAGAAACAUGAUGGGCAUUGCAGAUAAGUGUGUUCGCUUCUUCAACGACUCUUCCAAGAAACAGACGUUUCUCAAGAACGAGAUAAAUACUAUUCGAGAAGAGAAGCAGGCCAAAUCGAAGGCGCUGUGUCGCACUCGUUGGGUUCAGCGUCACGACGCGUUCAAGGUGUUCGUCGACUUCUAUCCAGCUAUUGUCGGCGCCCUCCAAGCAAUUCUGGACGUGGAGAAACGACCAGACGCUAUUGCAGACACAAAUGGCAUACUUCACGCGAUCACCAACUUCCAGCCCUCAGCACCUCACUUCAAGGUAAAACAGCUCAGAGCAAGAGCACUAGACGUUGUUGAAGCCUUAAAGGUUGUAAGAGACGUAAUCCAGAACAAGCGGACCAACGUGGAAGUUUUCCACACCACGGUAUUCACAGAGGCAGAUGACCUAGCUGCCAAAGUCGGUGUGGAGCCUGUCGUUCAAAGACGCUGUGGACGGCAAACUACUCGUAAUAACACGUCAGCAGACACUCCGGAAGACUACUACAAGCGGGCGAUAACAAUACCAUUUCUCGACCAUUUGUUACAGCAGUUCUCACAGCGUUUCACAGGUCUUCAGGAACGCGCUGCGAUGGCUCUGCUACUGAUUCCUCCAGUGAGGCCAGACCUAGAUGCAGCAGACCUUGACUUCUUCUUUGAUGACCUGCCCUCUCCAUUCACUCUACAGGCUGAUCUUGAGUGCUGGAGGAGAACGUGGAGCGGCAUAGGAAUUAGAGAUUCACCGAGUCUUGGUGAAGCAUUGGCUGCGUGCAACAAAAACAUGUAUCCAAAUAUAAAUGUCAUAUUACGGAUCUCCGCAACAUUUCCUGUAACCAGCUUCCAGUGUGAGCGAUCGAUCGAUCUCUACUCUGGGGAUUGUCAAAACUGCAUCAAGGUCUACAAUUAUACAGUCAAGACUCACGGAUUUGUGCCUUAUGUCGGUCCACCGUGA